AUGUCAUCUAGCUCGCCUCCUUCUCCUCCUCCUGCUCCUCUGAGUGGGAUCAUUCUGAUCGAUCCUGUUGAGGACUUCGUGAAUUGCGAUGGUGCUUUUGUACGUGAAUUUGGCCCCGAUGCUUGUCGUCCUCUGCACGAUCUAGUCCAUCACGAAGUACCACAACUUUUUGCUGAGGCCAGUGGCGGGAGGAAAGUUGGUUGGAUUCUGGUAGUGCAGAGUGAGUACCGGGUGAAUCAGUUUGUUGGUUCUACAACAGGCACAGCAAAACCAGACGAGCAAGUAAAAGGGGAAGAUGCAUCAAACGCAUGUCAUUCAGGACCACUAAUCGGCGAAGAAGAUGCAUUGAAAGCGUGCUGUGUGCCAUCUCCUCUUGCAAAUCUUUGUACUACUGCGAAUGGACGGAGAGUAGCUAGGCCAGUUGCGGAUGCCCUGAAAAAGUCUUUUGGAGUCUCUUCAGGGGAUGACAUACCGUCGUUGUGUCCGGAGAGUGCUCGAGCAGCGCGUGUGAA